AUGAAGGAUCGCAAUGGCACCUUUUGGGAGCGUGACGUGCCUUUAAUGGACGAAAACCGUUUCAAAGAAAAUUUUCGUGUGAAAAGAAAUGCUUUUCGCAUAAUUUGUGAAAAAGUUCGAGGUAUCGAAAAGGUGGACAUAAACAUGAGGCCAUAUAUUCCGCUACAUAAAAGAGUGGCUAUUUCAUUGUUCGCAUUGGGAUCUGCAGCGGAAUACAGAACAGUUGCAAGCCUAUUCGGAGUAGGACGCAGUACUGUUGGUGAAAUUGUUUUGGAUUUUUGCCAAGCAGUAUGCGAAAAUUUUUCUGACUGCAUUAAUUCCUAUCCUCAAAAUCUACAAGAAAUUAGAAAAGUUGUUGCUGGUUUCGCACGUCUUGGCUUUCCACAAUGUUUCGGAGCCCUAGACGGCUGCCACAUAGAAGUCCAACCAUCAAAGGAGGAAGCAGUCGACUACUAUAACUAUAAGGGCUGGUAUUCCGUGGUGUUGUUGGCGAGUUGCGACCACCGAUCGAAAUUUACCUACAUAAACAUCGGUUCUACUGGAAAAAAUAACGACUCGUAUAUUUUCGAAAGUAGCACUUUGAAAAGAUUACAUGAAGUCGCUGAAAUUUUCACACUAAACAGCACAUCCAUAAACGGUGUCAAUGUACCCGUGUUGCUAAUUGGCGAUUCGGCUUUCCGUCUUUCGCGGUACAUGAUGAAACCCUUCCCAUAUUCACCUAAUCAGCCAGCUAUUCAAAAAACUUUUAACUAUCGGCUGUCUAGGUGUCGUCGUGUAAUUGAAAAUGCAUUCGGGCAACUAAAAGCUCGAUUUAGGAAAAUAGGCAGAGGCUUGCAAGUCGCACCAAAAAACGUGAACAUCAUAAUUAGAACGUGCUGUAUCUUGCACAACUUUCUGAAGAUGGAAAACGAUGAAGUUUCUAUGUCUUGGAUACAAGAUUCAAGGGAAAACAUAACUGCACGUAGUCAGCCGAGUCAUACUACAAGGCUUGGUGAAAAUAACGUAAGCGCAGCAGCUAUCAGAAAUGCAAUAGCUUGGAGUUUCCGCUCGAAACGGAUCCCUAGCGUAAUCGAUCCGCUACAAUCGGAUAAAUCGCGUAUCGAUAACUUGGUAGUGGCACUAGUCGAACCGAAAGGGCCAUCUUCAGGGAAAUACUCAAAACCGACGCCACUUUUCUUGGAUUUUUCUCCGUCACAAACGUUUACGCACGCUAAAUAUCUAUAA